AGCGAGUGGCCUGCGUCAAAGUGUAGACGAAGCUUAAGGACUACACAAUCAAGUAAAAGUGAAUUGUAAUACUCUAGUGCACACUACAAUAUCCAUGGGCGUCCAGUGUCCAAUCGGUGUGCCCUGAAGCCACACACAGUGACACACCACGUAAAAUUUUCCUCAAACCCGGAAGUGUUUGGUUCACCCCAACUUGGCAUCAUAUACAGAGAAUCAAAGAUCUCAAAGAAUCGGACAACGAAGCGACGCCGGUGUCAGCUGAUACGUUAAUGGUUAAUGUUACCUUUGGGUCUCCAAUUCUUCGGAAGGAACGACCGUCCACGUUAACAUGGGUUCCAUUUUUCAAAGCGUUCUCGAAGUUUUGAACACACUGUUAAAAAAUUUGCAAAAUGGUACCCUGGAGCUCGUCGAGCUAGCUCGCGGUGGCGUAGUUCUGGACGAAGUCGGGUACGUUGUCCGUAAGAAUGCCCCCGUGCUCGUUCUUUGGUGCCUGUUCGUCUUUGUGAUCGCCAGGCUGUGCUGCGGAGGCCGGGGGUCAAGACUAGUAAAGACAAGGGCGAACUAUGAACAUGGUAAAGUGUACCUCCACCAGCAUGUCCCUGCCAGCGGCCUGCCCAGUCUGUCACCGUUCUGUCUGAAGCUGGAGACGUACCUGCGCUUGGCAGGCAUUCCAUACGAAAAUGUCUACAAAAGAAUGGAACUUGGCCCCAAGGGAAAGAUUCCAUGGAUAGAGUACAAUGGAAGAGCUAUGGCAGACUCUGGACUCAUCAUCCAGUUCUUCAAAGAAGAACUGGAAAUCGACCUGAACCGACCCCUCAGCACCACGGACAGGGCCAUCAGCAGGGCCUUCGUCAAGAUGCUGGAAGAGAACACCUACUGGGGGUUGGUGUACUCCCGGUGGAUUGAGAAUUUCCACGUACUUGGGCCUCUGUUCGAAGUUGGAUGGUUUAUGCAUAAUGUUCUGCUGCGGCGAGCUGCGCAGCGACUGAAGAAGAUGCUGUGGGCACAUGGCAUGGGCCGACAUUCCCCCAAGGAUAUUCAUGACAUCACCGAGAUGGACAUCAAGGCAGUGUCAGAGUUUUUGGGAGAAAAGCCCUUCGUCAUGGGGCAGGAGCCGACAGAGGCCGAUGCCACUGUGUACGGAUUCAUGGCAGAGAUCCUUUGGGCGGCACCGCAGUCAUCAGACCUGUACGUUCUCGUCACUGAGAAGUGUCCGAACAUCAGGGAGUACUGUGUGCGCAUGACACGACGCUACUGGCAGGACUGGGAGGGUCUGAUCGACAAGUGCUGAAGCGUUACUGUGGUCACUGGCUGGUAUUGAAUAGGCUUGAAUAGAUGAAUGCAUAUGUUUGUACUGUAUUUAGAAAACGCGAGUAAUAAUACUGCCCCAUUUCAUCACCAUAUACCUUCGUAGGGUACGGAUACCUGGAUUUGCCGUUUUAUUUCUACUUUUUUGACAAUCUGCUUUUUGUACGUAGAAUGUGUUAUUCAUAUAACAGUAUAUCAUAUUACAGUGAAUAAAGUGUCCUAUAGACACCACGAUUAGUUGCCCUUUUUAGUAAAGACUUUUUCGAUGGCACGUAAAUGAUUGCUUUAUAAUUAUAUGCCAAUGAUGAUUAUGAUAUAUUUAACGUUACAUUUACAUGAUAUCAACCCUAUGUAAACAUCGGUCGGUCAUCAGGUGAAGGGGGAGAAGACAUGAGAGUGUAAUGUCCCCAGUUGACACAUGUGCCUUCCCGUUUCACGGCAAAUCGGGUUCCAAAAAUGCAUGGACUAAUGAUAAAAUAA